UGUAAACUGCCAUAAAACGCAACAGAAGAAGAAGAAGAAGCGUAAAAUUAGUAGCAUUGCUGCUGUUAAUUGUCGGGUUUCCAGCCGGGUUUACGGCCAGCUUCACCCAGUUUAGAUCCAACAUGACACUCUGGUGGUUCCGCUGAUGUUCCGGUUUUGGACUCCGGUCCGGACAGUUCUCAAGAGGUUCUGCAGCGCUUCAGACAUGCCGAACCCGAAAGGAAAGUUCUUCUACGCUGUCAGGAAGGGAGUCAAACCCGGAGUCUACAAGUCAUGGGAAGAGUGUAAGAUCCAGGUGGACAAGUUUCCAGCUGCGUCGUUUAAGAAGUUUGGAUCAGAACGAGACGCCUGGGCGUUCUUCAGAGGAGAAGACCCGUCUGCGGUUCCGGACCACAGCACAGGGACCUGGCCUGGAGAGACGGACGUCUCUCUGCUCCCCAGACGGGGCCCAGAACCGGUGGAGUGUAUCCCGCUAGGAAAGAAGAGGCCCCGCCCAGAGGAGGAGGCGGAGCUUCAGCCUAAACGAGCCAAGCCAUCAGAGAGCUCGUUAGCAGGAAGCAGUAAUGGGUUCACCUACAUGGGUGAUGCGGUGGUGGUGUACACCGACGGCUGCUGCUCAGCCAACGGGCAGGACCGGGCUCGGGCCGGGAUCGGGGUGUACUGGGGCCGGGACCACCCACUAAAUGUUGCAGAGCGGCUGCAGGGGCGGCAGACCAAUCAGAGAGCAGAGAUUCAGGCGGCCUGCAGGGCUCUGGAACUGGCCCGGCAGAACCACCUCCAGAAGCUGGUUCUCUACACUGACAGCAAGUUCACCAUCAAUGGUGUGACCACCUGGGUGAAGACCUGGAAACUGAACGGCUGGAGGUUGAAGUCUGGCGGUCCGAUCACCAACAAAGAAGACUUUAUGGAGCUGGACCGGCUGAACUCUGAGCUGAACGUGGUCUGGAUGCACGUGCCGGGCCACGCCGGGUACACCGGGAACGAGAUGGCGGACCGGCUGUCCAGGGAGGGAGCAGCCAAGGAGCUGCUGUGAAAAGUUUCUGAUGUUUUCUGAUUUUCUUUCUGCUCAGGGUGAAUAAAGUUUAGUUUGCUUCCGACCAUGAAGCCGGAGCACUUCCUUUCCUGAUUUAUGAAGAACGGCAGCAGAGAUCAGCCGACAGGUUGUCAUCCUCCUGCUGUUCUCAUCAUUAUCCAGCAGGGGGAACUGCUGUCAUCACGUUAAACUGGGAGUUUACUGGUACCAGUUUGGCUAAUUAUUGUUUUCCCGGUUUAGAGAUGAAACUGAAGUAAAACAUAUUUGCUAACUGAAGCCUUUCAGUCGGAUCUGUGGGAAUAAUUAACUCACCAGUCGGAGUCAGGAGGAUUAUUUAUUCUGCUGCUGUUUCUGUUGUCUGAUAAAGCAUAAGAAAGUUUCUCUAACCGUUUAUUAAAAUGUUUAAAAAGGCUAAA